UGGUUUUAACUUCAUCAUCAUAAAUAUAUAACUCAUACACAUAUUUUAUUUAUUAUCAACUUUAAUUCGUACACUCUCAUCUCAAAAUACAAAAAAAAUGUUGGCUAUAUUUCACGAGGCUUUUGCACAUCCGCCACAAGAACUAAACUCACCGUCAUCAAACAAGCAAAAACCAAAACACCCGCAAGAAACACUUCAACAAUUCCUGUCCGUACACCCAAAAAACACAUUUUCAAUGACAUUUGGUGAAUCAGCUGUUCUGGCUUAUGUGAAACAACCAGACACAAAUAAUUACCAAGAACAUUUGUUUGCUGGCUUUGAUGAUAUGUACUGUUUGUUCUUGGGUAGUUUAAAUAACUUGUGUUCACAAAUAAAACAAUAUGGGCUUUCCAAAAAUACAAAUGAGGCCAUGUUUGUGAUUGAAGCGUAUCGUACUUUACGUGAUCGCGGACCUUAUCCUGCUGAUCAAGUUAUUAAAGAUCUUGAUGGUAGCUUUGCUUUUGUUGUUUAUGACAGUAAAACUGGCACUGUUUUCACUGCCCUGGGUUCGGAUGGAGGGAUGAAGUUGUAUUGGGGAAUAGCGGCGGAUGGGUCGGUGGUUAUAUCUGAUGAUUUAGAGGUUAUUAAAACUGGUUGUGCCAAGUCUUUUGCACCAUUCCCUAAAGGGUGUAUGUUUCACAGUGAAGGGGGAUUGAUGAGUUUUGAACAUCCAAUGAACAAGAUCAAAGCAAUGCCAAGGGUGGAUAGUGAAGGGGUCAUGUGUGGGGCUAAUUUCAAAGUCGAUACCUACUCCAGGGUCAACUCUAUUACUCGCCAAGGAAGUGAAACUAAUUGGACUAGUCAAUGGGAUGCGCCAUAAGCUCACUCAAGGAGGACGAAUGGACGAUGACUACCAACCACCCAUCUUAGCUUAAUGUACUUUCGAGGAGAGGAUGGCGGUUCACCAACGGACAUCGACAUGUGCAUCAUCAUGGUCUUCGUCAUAAUCUUACGGAGCAUAUAUAACGCCUCCCGUGAGCUCUACAACUCUACUUCAUGUAUUUCGGUUUUACUACUCUUUGUAUUUUUUAUUUCAAGUAUUGUAAUGUUUUUUUUAAGUAAUGUAAUGUUUUUAUAAUGUC